UGUUAUUCCCCCCCCUCCCCCUCUUUCCUUUCCUGCCUGUAUGUCACUGUGGAUUAGCAGCUGUGGCUAGCUCAGCGCCUGAGGAUCAGACGCAUACAGAGAGAGACAGAUUUAGAUUUGUGUGCGGGGGGGAUGGAUGUGUGUGUGCGUAUUUUCCCCUUGCCCUGAUGAAACUCAAACGCUCCUCCUAGCGAGCGCGAAAAGGAGGAGGAACCUUCCCCCUUUGAGCUGCGCUGGGAGUUGGGCUCCACUUCCUGGAGAAGUCCUCCCGUUGGGGAGUUUCGCCUGGGAUCCCUGCUUCGCUGACAGAGAGGAGGAGCAACAGCAGCAGCCGCCGCCGCAGCACCUGUCCAAAAUGAAGGACCGGUUGGAGCAACUGAAAGCGAAACAGGAUGACGAUGAAGGCGAGGAUGACCUGGAAAUUGCCAUUGAUAACACAGCUUUCAUGGAUGAGUUCUUUGCAGAGAUUGAAGAGACCCGGCAGAAUAUUGACAAAAUUUCUGAGAAUGUAGAAGAGGCAAAAAGGCUGUACAGUGUCAUCCUGUCUGCUCCUAUCCCUGAACCAAAGACAAAGGAUGAUUUGGAACAGCUCACAGCAGAUAUCAAGAAAAUGGCUAACAGCGUCCGAAACAAACUUAAGUCCAUGGAGCGGAAUAUUGAGCAGGAUGAGGUUCGAUCAUCGGCUGACCUGCGAAUACGGAAGUCUCAGCAUUCGGUCCUUUCCCGAAAAUUUGUUGAUGUGAUGACAAAGUACAAUGAAGCACAGGUUGACUUCCGGGAACGGAGCAAAGGAAGGAUCCAGCGGCAGCUUGAGAUCACUGGGAAGAAUACGACAGAUGAAGAGCUGGAGGAAAUGCUAGAGAGCGGGAAUCCCUCAAUAUUCACAUCUGGGAUCAUGGAUUCCCAGAUCUCGAAGCAAGCACUGAGUGAGAUUGAGGGACGGCAUAAGGACAUUGUGCGGCUUGAAAGUAGCAUUAAAGAGCUUCACGACAUGUUUGUGGACAUUGCCAUGCUGGUGGAAAACCAGGGAGAAAUUGUAGAUAACAUAGAACUCAACAUGAUGCAUACAGUAGAUCAUAUAGAUAAAGCUCGCGAGGAGACCAAAAAGGCCUUGAAAUAUAAGAGUAAGGCAUUAAAGACACUCCUGAGCUCUUCCUGGGUUGGUAGCAAGACUUCCCUCCUAAUCCUCACCAUCAUGUGCGACCUUCCCCACCCUGCUGCUGUGACUUCCCUUCUGCCUACCCUUCAGCCUGGCCUCUUGGAUUUAGUUUGAAUAGUUCCCUGCAGGAUGAGAUCACUUUCACCGGUGCUUUCUGUCAAAACUACAUGCUAUUCCCAUUCACUCCUCGGAUGAAGCUCUGCAGCCAGAAGAUCCUUAUGUACUUUGCUGCAGCGAGGAAGUAAAGCAAUCACAUGGCACGCCAAAGACUAACUCCUGUGAAAUCUGUUCCUUCCCCAUCCCUUCCUUCCUUCCCAUUGUAUUUGCUGCAUCCAGUUCAAGCAUUUCCUGUUUUAUUUAAGCAUACAUCCUUCCAGAAUCCUUUUCCAAUUACAGUGACGUGAACAAAGGAAUCUUGGAGACACUACUGCCUACCUCACUGCCGUGUUUUAUGUCCGAUUGUGCCUUUUUAGUUUUUACAAUGUUCAGAUCUUUACAAGGGAUAUUAUGUUAUGUGUCAAAAUGGCCAAGACUUAGGGGCUGGGUUGCCUGCCACAAAACUUCUAAUCAUUGUACAUGGAGGCUGGCCUUCCAGUGUCCUUGAAAGAUGGACCAGAUCUUGCAACUCUUAUGUAGUUUGGCAGAUAUAGAUGUUAGUACCUUGGAGUCAUCGCACACUUGACCUGCCAACCCCAAAGAGAGAUUGGGUAUAUAGAGUGAUGUGGGACACAGCAAUACAAGCUGUUAAACCCAAGUUUGCAUUGCUUUGCAUCUUAGCCAUUCUUGGGGAGAUCCCAUGGAUUAAUGCAACUGUUCCAGGCAUGAAAACCCCAGAGUACUCAGGCCAAUGUUCCCAGAUCAGUUAAUGAUUGCAUACUAUAAGGGACAUAGCUAGGGUGUGUGCUGCCAUUAGCACUUGCCUUCUCGGAAACUGAGCUUCUUGUGGUCCAUCUUGGAUAAAGGCAGGCCACAUUAUGGGAAUGCAAGCAGAUUUCUGAAUAGAGUGCAAUUCCUUCCUGCUUGUUUGUUAGUUUUCUCCUGAAUGAGUGUGAAUGUCUGUAUAUGCUAAAGGUGCAGUUGUGCUUCCUGUUUCUCUUGAGGUGUAAUUCUUGUUUGAGGAUGCUUAUGCUUUUUGUAACAAAGGCUUUGACCUUCUUGUUUGAACAGCCACGUUGCCUUCACCACCCAGUUACUGAUUUAUAAUCUGCCCAUUCAGUUUGCAGGACAGGGGAAAACUGGUGGAGAGGAAAAUGUAUCCGUUGGCUAAGGCAGGAGUUCUCAAACUUGGGUCCCCAGAUACUGUUGGGAACUACAAUUCUCAUAACCCCCAACCACAAUCGCCAAAUGCUGGCAGUGAUGAGAGUUGUAAUACAUCAUCAUUUAGGGAACGGGUUUGAGAACCCUGAGGCAUGACAGCUCAGAUAGGUGCCCUCCUGAAAUCUAAAAUCAAACCAGAGAAGACCUUAUUGUUGCCUCAGAGCAUCACUUCUAUUUUGUUAGAGAAGAAAUAAUUUAUCUACCCUGUAUCAGAAUAUAGCUUUAAAUUCCUCUCAGGGUUUGUUUGUUUUUUAAUGUGUUGUUUUGUGUGAGAGAAAAUUGCUAUUACUAUUCAUAAGCUGUUUGGUCCUUUCACAGCUUGGUUUUCAGUCAUACUUGUGUCAGAUGUCUACAGGUGUGUCUGAAAGAAAUCUGAGUAUGUACAUGUAUGAGUAGUGUGUGAAUGGGAGAGAAAUUGGUCUAGAAAAGUAUUGUGAGAUCCAACCCAGAGGAAGCCUGGGGAAAAGCUGUCACAUCCUUGAUUCACGCUAGCCAGUUUUUGUUUGUUUAAGUGGGGGAGGAGGAAGGAGUUUAAGGCCCUGUGCAGGAAGGCAAGCAUUUGUGUUGCAAUGACCUUUAGAUUAAUCAAGGUUCACUUCAUGGAAGCCUACUUGAGUCUGAAAGAACCACCAAGAGAAUUUUUUUAACUGGGAAUCUUUUUGGAGUGGAGGACUGUUGGAGGUGUAAGAGAGCCAUUUCCAUGGCAGUGGGCUAUAAGUUAUGACAUUACUGGUAUUUCAAGUUAAUUGAUACUGAAGGCAACUGUGCACACAGAGGUGUGUGACAUUUUCACAGGUUAGCCGGAAAGCCAACUUUACCUGUCACUCCAAUGGGAGAUAAUGGUCCUUCAGUUAAAACUGAGGAUUUCCUGAAGGAGAAGACCACCUCCUGAUCACUAGCAAACUCUGGCUGGUCCAGCUGUGGCCCUCAAACACAGCACAGUUCAAACUCACCCAGCAUGUAGGCUAUCUAGUAACGCUAUAGAUGUUUUCCUCUGUAGAAUGUAACCAGCACUACUGACAGAAUUGUGUAAGCCUCCCACCUGAGCGCACAGAUGGAGCUAAGAGGAAGAGUUUCUGAUUACUGCCUUUCCUCUAGGCCUUGAUGUCUAACUUGUAGGUGGCAAUUGAAGGCAUGUUGGAAUCACCAUUAGUGAGACAUCUGCCAAGGAGGACUGAAUUUCAAAAAAGCUGAGCUAGCUAUGGACAGCAAGGUUCCUAGGAAUUUGGUUUUGGCUUUUAAUUUAAAAAUAAAUGAGGUUAUUUGAACAUU